CACCUGACUUGCUUCUGCACAAAGGUCUUAAGUUUCUUGCCAGCGCAGUGAUCUGGAGGACGCCAUGAACUUGCUGCUCUAAAAUAUGAUGUCUUGGGAGAAAGCAGCCAUUUUGUGCCUUGUUGUGUGGUCAGAGGCAUACACUAAGAACUGCAGGGUGAAAGAAAGAACUUUGUUCCCUGCAGACAGCCUCAUUUGAUCAUCACUUGACUCUUCACUACCUGUAACCUCAUCACUAGCCUUUCCUGUCACCCUGCGAUCUGUUACAGUCCAAGCAUUGACCAGAUUAAACCGCAGGUUCCAGGAUGGGUCGACUUGAUGGGAAGGUCAUUGUCCUCACGGCUGCCGCUCAGGGGAUCGGCCGAGCAGCCGCGUUGGAUUUAUUUGUGCGUUGUGUCUACCAGGCUUUUGCAAAAGAAGGUGCCAAAGUCAUAGCCACCGAUAUCAAUGAAUCCAAACUUCAGGAACUGGAUAAGUACCCAGGUAUUCACACUCGGGUCCUUGAUGUCACAAAGAAGAAGCAAAUUGACCAGUUUGCCAAUGACAUUGAGAGACUUGAUGUUCUCUUUAAUGUUGCUGGUUUCGUCCAUCACGGAACCAUCCUGGACUGUGAGGAGACAGACUGGGACUUCUCGAUGAACCUCAACGUCCGCAGCAUGUACCUGAUGAUCAAGGCUUUUCUUCCUAAGAUGCUGGCUCAGAAAUCUGGCAACAUUAUCAACAUGUCCUCUGUGGCUUCCAGCAUCAAAGGUGUUGUGAACAGGUGUGUGUACAGCACAACCAAGGCAGCCGUGAUCGGCCUCACAAAGUCCGUGGCUGCAGACUUCAUCCAGCAGGGUAUCCGGUGCAACUGUGUGUGUCCAGGAACAGUUGAUACCCCAUCUCUGCAAGAAAGAAUACAAGCCAGACCAAAUCCUGAAGAGGCACUGAGCGAUUUCCUAAAGAGACAGAAAACAGGAAGAUUUGCAACUGCAGAAGAAGUAGCCCUGCUCUGCGUGUACUUGGCUUCUGAUGAAUCUGCCUACAUCACGGGGAAUCCUGUCAUCAUUGAUGGAGGCUGGAGUUUGUGACUUCAGUCAGGGUCUCCCUGCUGGGAAGGCGGGCCCUUCCUGACCACAGUGAACCUACUUACGAAGAAAACUCACCCAUCCUCUCUUUCCAAUUAACGGCAAAUCAAUGAAAAUGAAACCUUUUGAUGAUGUCAUUGUUCACAAGAAUCUGAGUCUUUAAAUACAUUAAUCUCUUUCUAGUCUGUUCUGAAAUCAUUGUAGUUUGGUGAGAUAAUGAACUCACUGCAAAAAGAAUAUUUUAAGAAUAAGCCUCAGUUUGUAAGCAUGUAAAAAUUAAAAUGUGAAUAUGAAGAAAAA